AUGAUACUGGAUACCAAAACAGCCUCCCCAGCUGAACAGUCACCACCAGACCUGCCUCACGACACAGAAGCAGAUGCCGGCCUCUUCGACCCGGAGACAGGCGUCAAACGCGGCCUCAAAACCCGGCACCUCACAAUGAUGUCGCUAGCGGGUAUCAUCGGACCCGGACUCCUAGUUGGCGCCGGAGGAGCCCUCAGCAACGGCGGCCCUGCCUCUCUACUCAUCGGAUUCGGCAUCAUUGGUAUAAUUGCAUUCAGCAUCAUGCAAUCCCUGGGAGAACUCACAACUCUAUACCCUUCUGGAGGCGCUUUCACACACCUAGGCGAAAGGUUUGUAGAUAAAGCUUUUGGUGUUGCUGUAGGUUGGAAUUACUUUAUCAUCUGGGUUGCCGUGUUGGCGAAUGAGUAUAAUACCGUUUGCAGCAUUUUUACGUUUUGGGGCCCCCAAGUACCGCUUUGGGGUUACUUUUUAAUCUUCUGGUUUUUCUUUUUGGGCUUCCAACUUCUGGGGGUUNNGGAAGUCUUUGGAGAGGCGGAGUUUUGGCUGGCAGUGUUGAAGUUGGCUGGACUGGCUGCAUUUUUCAUCUUUGCGAUUGUGUAUGCUGCUGGUGGAUUGGUGGGUCAGGAGGAGCCACUAGGCUUUCGCUACUAUCACAACCCUGGGGCCUUUGUGGAUGGGUUUAGGGGUGUGGCCACGGUGUUCGUGUUUUGCAGCACCUUUUAUGCUGGCAUCGAGUCUGUUGCUGUUGCGGCCACGGAAACCAGGAAUCCGGGUGCUGCUGUUCCUCUGGCCAUUCGACAGGUUUUCAUCCGCAUCCUUUUCGUCUACAUGGGUUCUGCAUUNUUNUUUGGACUGGUGUGUCCAGCAAACGCAGAUGGACUUGCCAACGGCAGCAGCAGAGCACUGAAAUCGCCCAUGACGGUUGCUAUCCAAAAUGCAGGUUGGAAUGGCGGUGUCCAUCUCAUCAACGCAUUUAUCUUUGUCACUUGUCUGUCGGCUACAAAUGCUUCCAUCUACAUUGGUUCCAGAACUAUCUUGUUUAUGGCCAAAGAUGGCAAAGCACCGCGCUUCCUGGGCUGGACAGAUUCUCGCGGCGUCCCCAUCGCUGCUAUCGUUUUUACAAACCUCUUUGGAGCAAUCUCCAUGAUGAAUGUCAGCACUGGCGCCGGAAAAGCUUACAACUAUAUCGUCAAUCUCUCUGGUGUUUCCACUUUUCUGGUCUGGGGCAGUAUAUCCUUCAUCCACAUCCGCUUCCGCCGCGCCUGGUCCGCCCAAGGCCGCUCUCCCAACGACCUCCCCUUCCGAUCUCUGUUUUACCCAUGGAAUGCCUAUUUCGGCCUCUUUGCCAACAUUUUCCUUGCGUUAGUGCAAGGGUGGGGUAAUUUUGUGCCGUUUGACGCAGCAGGGUUUGUGGAUGCGUAUAUUUUGAUCCCGCUGUUUCCGAUUAUCUAUGUGGUGUAUAAAUACUGGAACAAGACGAGGUUCCAUAGAUUGCAAGAGAUUGAUUUGGAUGUUGGGAGGAGNGGGGAUGUGGAUGCUGCAAAGCAGGCGACUAGACUUGUUCCUGAUGAAGCGUUGACGCCGAAAGUCAAGGGAGGAAAGUUGGGGACAAUGUGGAAGAGUGUUUGA